UGGGAACGUUGCCACUGGUCACACUUGAUAACAAUAUUCUAUUUGUUUACAUUCGGAGGAGGAUCCUUAAAUACAGAAUUGAAGGCUAUUUUCGCCAGGAUGAAUGCACCCAUGGUGCUGGUACAGUGCCGGGUCUGCCUGGGGGAGUGUGAGGAUAAUGUGAUGAGAUCUUUGUUUGAGGAAGAAGAUCCACUCAUCGAGCAGGUGGAGAACUGUUGUGGCAUCAAGAUUCGCCAGUCUGACAAUCUUCCUGCCAAGGUCUGUUUCAGCUGCUGCGAGUUCGUCCGUAUGUGGCAGAACUUUCGCCAGAUGUGCCUCAACUCGCAGGUUUUCUGGGAGACGAGUUGUCCGGUGGAGGAGCGGCCCGAGGAAAUGCAGCAAGUCAGCGAUGCUGAAUACAUGGAGUACCUGUACGAUAAUCUCAAACUCAUUGUGGCGGCGGAGAACGACUUUAAGGUAGAGAACCUUCUGAACGAGGGGGUGGACGUUAUCUUGGAGGAAUCUUCGCCGCCACCGGAUGAGAUUGAUGUCAACGAUCUAAUAGUGGACGCGGAUACAAAUGAGAAUGCAUCACCUGCCGAAAUCCUUGAUGCUCCUCUGGAUGCUUAUGAAAAUGAUGCAGAGGUGUGCGAGGAUGUAGAGUUUGAAAGCCAGACCGCCGAUGAUUCUUCCCUUAUAACGGAUGCCUACUUCGAGGUGGACUUCGAGGAAGAGGAACUAAAAGAUGAUGAUGACUUCCUAUCAUCCACACCGUCGCCGGAUCCAAAGAGCAGCUCAAGUGUAAAACGAAAGGCUGGCAGGCCCCGCAAACCAGACACUGAACUGAAACACAAACGAAAGGACCCAAAGUCGAAGCUCAAAGCGAGUUCUCAGAGCCAAAGCGAUGACCAGCCUUCAAAGUUUAUGUGUAAUCUAUGCGGCAAUAUCUAUUCAAAGAAGUCAUCUUUCACGGCCCAUAUGACGGCCCACACGAACUACAAGCCCCACCAGUGCGAAAUCUGCCUCAAAUCCUUUCGACAGAUGGGUGAGUUGCGGGCCCACAUACGUCGGCAUACUGGCGAGCGUCCCUACAAGUGCAUGUACUGCGAACGUUACUUCUAUGACCGAAGCGAAAGGGUUCGCCACGAGCGUGUGCAUACCAACACACGACCCUACGCUUGUCAGGAGUGUGGCAAAAGCUUUACGCACACGGCCAUUCUUAAGAACCACAUCCUGGUCCACUCGGGCGAGAAAAACUAUAACUGUGCCAUUUGUUCGAAAUCAUUCACCCUGAUGCAUCAAUUGAAGGCCCAUCUGCAGACACUCACUCACAAAAGCAAAGAGGAAGAGACUCUGGCCAACGCCUCAGAUGUAAUACAAAGCUAAUUAUUUAAAAUACUUCCUAAGCUAGGCUUGUGUACUUUAAGCUAGAUAAAACAGAGAAAAAGACAAUUAAUGUAAUUAUUAAUAAAAUUUAUACUAUUGUA